GACCGUUAGGGCUGGCCCGCCCUUCCCCCACCCCCCACUCGCGCAGCUCCGCGCCGCCCAGCCCGGCCGCUGCCACUGCGCAGGCGUCCUCUCGUCCUCCCAUCCCCCCGCGCGGUCGCCUGUCCUCCCUAGGCGGUGUCCGCGGCGCGAGCCACAGCGCGCGGGGCGAGCCAGCGAGAGGGCGAGCGGCGCUACCUGCUGCCUGCAGCCUGGGCCGGCCGGCGAGCCAGUGCGCGUGCGCGGCGGCGGCCUCCCCUGCGACCGGAGAAGACGAGCGGGCGAGCUAGCAGAGUGGGGCGCGAGGCGAGGCAGGGCUCAGCGAUAUGGGGGACCGCGAGCAGCUCCUUCAGCGGGCGCGGCUGGCCGAGCAGGCGGAGCGCUACGACGACAUGGCCUCCGCCAUGAAGGCGGUGACCGAGCUCAACGAACCUCUCUCCAAUGAAGACCGAAACCUCCUCUCCGUGGCCUACAAGAAUGUGGUCGGUGCCCGACGGUCUUCCUGGAGGGUCAUCAGCAGCAUCGAGCAGAAAACCAUGGCCGAUGGGAAUGAGAAGAAGCUGGAGAAGGUUAAGGCUUACCGGGAGAAGAUUGAGAAGGAGCUGGAAACAGUGUGCAAUGAUGUGCUGGCCCUGCUGGACAAGUUCCUCAUCAAGAACUGCAAUGACUUCCAGUAUGAGAGCAAGGUCUUCUACCUGAAGAUGAAGGGCGACUACUACCGCUACCUGGCAGAGGUGGCUUCCGGCGAGAAGAAAAACAGUGUGGUCGAAGCUUCGGAGGCAGCCUACAAGGAAGCCUUCGAAAUCAGCAAGGAACACAUGCAGCCAACACACCCCAUCCGGCUGGGCCUGGCCCUCAACUUCUCCGUGUUCUACUACGAGAUCCAGAAUGCGCCCGAGCAGGCCUGCCUCUUAGCCAAACAAGCCUUCGAUGACGCCAUAGCCGAGCUGGACACACUAAACGAGGAUUCCUAUAAGGACUCCACGCUCAUCAUGCAGCUGCUGCGAGACAACCUCACCCUCUGGACGAGCGACCAGCAGGACGAGGAAGCCGGAGAAGGCAACUGAGCGCCUCGGCCAGCCCCCGCCCCCACCCCAUCACCACCGGUCCUUCCUCGCCACAGUCACUAAGUAUCUAGUGCUAAACCUAUCUGUAUGGCAGCACAGCUACUCAGAUCUGCUCUCCGCCCCCGGGAAGCAGUUCCAGGUAAAUUUAUGGGCAUUGCUGGACUGAUGGUUGCUUUGAGCCCACGGGAGCUCCCUUUCUGAAUUGUGCAGACAGGUGCAUUCUGAAGGAGGCAUUUUCCUGUGCCUGCUGAUCUGGGUGAAGUGCAGGCGAAAGCCUCGGGGAAGUUAGGAGAAUUAACCACACAGGCUACAGUUGGUAUUUAAAUGGUCCACUUAAAACCAGCUGCUAGUGUUUUGUUAAAGCAGUACAUCUGUGCAUGCAAAAGUGAAUUCACCCCUCCCAUCUCUUUCUUAGCUAAUGGAAAACUGUUAAGGGAAGCUGAUAUGAGAGACCACUUGCUCCUUUCCAUCAGCUUAAUAAUAAACUUUAACGUGAGGUUUCAGUAGCGCCUUGUUUGCCUCUUUAAAUUAUGAUGUGCACAAACCUUCUUUUCAAUGCAAUGCAUCUAAAGUUUUGAUACCUGUAACUUUUUUUUUUUUUGGUUGCGACUGUUUUAAGAAUCAUGGAUUUAUUUUUUUGUAACUAUUUGGCUAUUGUCCUUGUGUAUCCUGACAGCGCCAUGUGUGUCAGCCCAUGUCAAUCAAGAUGGGUAAUUAUGAAAUGCCAGACUUCUAAAUUAAAUGUUUUGGAAUUAGUGGGUAAAUAAAUGCUGCUUUGGGGAUAUUA